AUUAAUUUAGAUACAUUUGAAGAAUAAUGAAGAGUAAUUAAAAUAUUGUUGACACUUAAAUAAUAGGUGUAACGAAAUCUUCUAAAAUAGCAAAAUAAAAGUAAAAAGAAUAAAAGAAAUAUUGUGUAAUAAGAAAGGAAUUUUAAAUUGUCAUUAAAAUACCAAAGUCAUUAGGAUUAAGAGAAUACUUAAGAACAGAAAUAGAUAUAAUUUUCAGUACUGAUUAUCAAGUCAAUUCUAAUUUAGGAGAAUUAUGCACAAAUAUCUUUACAGUAGGGUACAAAAUUUUACAAACUGAUUACUUUUCAGAUAAAUAAGUAUUUACAUUGUUCCCUAGAAAUUUGUAAUGUGUAAGCAUAGAAGUUAUAUAUGAUUUAUUAGAGUAAAUGAACUUGUAGAAAAGUAAAGAUGACAUCAGAAAUUUCAUACAAGAACAUUAAAAAAAAAAUAUUUAAAUCAGUUAAUGUAGUGAUAUAUGUUAUCUUGACAUGUAUGCAUCUUAAUAUCCAUAUGAAUCUUAUUUGAUAAGAUAUGAUUCAACAGGAUCGAAAGUUUUAAAAUAUAUAAACAAUAUGAAAUAUCUUCAUUUAAUGGGUAUAACAAGAGAAAUGAUGGAAUGGAACUUGAUUUAAACAGAAAUGUUACCAUGUGCAAUAAGGGUUGAAUCAUAUCUUGAUAUAUGGAGUAAGAUGUUUGAGGCAGUUUCCAGAAAAUAGGAUUUUUUCACAGCUGAAUUAUAAAACUAUAAUGGCUAAAGGAAAUAUGUGAAAAUGGAGCAAAGAUUAAUUUACAUAGUUUAGGAGAAUGACAACAGUUUGUAUUGUUAUUUAUAUUGGAUAUACCAUGUAAUUCCAGACCCAGCAAUAGCAGAAGAAAACUAUAAGAAGGAGCUAGAUAAUUAAAAUCCAAAACCAAAAUAGUGUACAUAUAAAUAAAUUGGAAAUUGAUAAACUUAAUUUUGUAAUAAU